AUGUUUUCUCCUAGAAGUUUUAUCAAAAAAUUUAAAAAAGCUAAAAACAAUACGGAACAAUUGAAAACCCCAAAAAAGAAAAUAACUGAAAAAUCACCUAAAUAUGAUAAUGAUGAAAACGUUAAAGCGGCCUUAUUGGAAAUAUUGAUAUAUGUUAUCUUUCUGGUGGCAAUAACAAUUGUGGCUAAUGCAGCUCAGCAUUUGUACAUGUUCUAUUUCAAUCAAACUUUGGAGAGAUCAUUUUUGGACAGGAAUUUAGAAACUGAUUUGGGAACAGAGUUGAGUUUUAAUGAUUUGGUGACAACAGCUGAUUGGUGGUUAUAUAUGGAAAGAGUUUUCUUGGCCAAUUUACAUGGUCUCAACUAUGAAUGGAUAAAUGAGGAGAAAUUAAAUGAUAAUGCAAGUGUAACAGAAAAAGUUUCAGAAGUUAAAGAAAGAGGUAAACGUGGAAUAGCUAAAGGCCAAGAACGAGAUACUGAAAGUUUGUCACGCAUUUACUUAAGAGAUAAUAUUUUAUUGGGACCUCCUCGUUUGAGACAAAUACGUGUUAGGGAAAAUUCCUGUGAAGUUCAUGAAGUGUUUCUUACAUAUUUCAUAAACUGUUAUGCGGGCUAUAGCAAAGAUAAAGAGAAUAUUACAGAUUCAUACAUGAAUUCAAAAUUCUUUACCAGGACAGAGUUACAAGUAAAUGUCGUACAUGGCCAAAUUACCAAAUAUUAUGGAGCUGGCUAUGUACAAGAAUUGAGUUAUGAUUUUGAAGAAAAUCGAAAAAUCCUAGAAAACUUAAAGGCCAACAAAUGGAUUGAUCGUGGAACUCGCAUGAUCAUUUUAGAAUUUGUUUUGUUUAAUAUUAAUACAAAUAUAUUUAAUAAUGUCAAAAUUAUAGCCGAGGUGCCACCGGUUGGUGGCAUUGUGCCAUCUCAUCAAUUCCAGGCUUUGAAAUUGCACACUCUUUGGACCGAGGGCUAUUGGUAUGUGUAUGUGGCUGGUGGUAUUUUCUAUAUUAUGGUUUUGUUUUAUACUAUUGAAGAAAUUAUUCAGUACUCAAGAAUGGGUGCGAAACUAUAUUUUUCUUCGGUUUGGAAUUUUUUGGAUAUUUUAGUACUGAUGCUCUCCUAUUUAUCUUUAAUCUAUAAUUUAUUGCAUCCUUGGUAUAUGUCUGACAUUCUGAACCAGAUCAAAGCCAAAUCAUAUGAAUUUGUGAGCAUUGAUUACAUCUGCUAUUGGAAUUUACUCUACAUCGAUAUGAUGGGUAUUUGUGUAUUUUUGGUAUGGAUUAAGAUAUUCAAAUAUAUAAGUUUCAAUAAAACCAUGUUGCAGUUUAGUACCACCUUGAAAAGAUGCGCUAAAGAUCUUUUUGGCUUUGCCGUCAUGUUUUUCAUUGUCUUCUUGGCUUAUGCUCAAUUGGGCCUGCUAAUUUUUGGCUCCAGUCAUCCAGAUUUUCGUGAAUUUGGCGUCUCGGUUAUAACAUUGAUGCGCAUGUUUUUGGGAGACUUUGAUUAUCAAUUGAUAGAGGAGGCGAAUCAUGUUUUGGGACCCAUUUAUUUUUUAACUUAUGUUUUAUUUGUGUUCUUUAUUUUACUGAAUAUGUUUCUGGCCAUUAUCAAUGAUACUUAUGGCGCUGUUAAAAGUGAAGUUCAGAUAGGUCGCUCGGAUUUUGGUCCAUAUUUAAAGAGCUUAUUUCAGAAAUUCUAUAUGUGGUGUUUUCCUAAAAGGAAACUUAAAACUAAAGCAAAUGAAAGUUUGUUGUUAAAGGAAAUGGAGGAAAUAUCUGCUACUACACCUUCUUUAUAUCCAGCAUCCACUAAUGAACAUUCAUCUCAACCAUCUUCGCCCGAUCGUGUAAGAAAGCGUGUCAGUGAAGUGUUAAGAGAAUACUUCGAGGAGCUUUCGGAAUUUCAAGAGCCACCUGAUUUUUUGGGGAAAAAAUUAGAUUUUGAAAGUUUAAACAAACGCAUUACUAUGUUGGAGGAGGUUUUAGAGCAAUUAAUUAAUCAUAUGGAUCGCAUUUUAAAGAAGGUUGAGUCAAAGAAAGUCAAGUAA